AUGAUUCUGAACGAAACCAAGAAGCGACUUUCUAAUCUGGACGUACAUCAGGUCGGCAAUACGGCGGAGUACACGGACUCAGACUGGGCGGACGACAUCAACAAAGCGAAAGAGGCACAUAUCGACGCUUUUGCUCUCAACAUGGCACAAGGCGAAGAAAUGAACGACAAGUCGGUCAAGGCCGUCUUUGCCAAGGCUGAACAGCUUGGCUUUCAGUUAUUCUUCAGUUUCGAUUACGCCGGCAACGGUCCGUGGAAGAAACAAGUCGUCAUUGAGAUGCUGCAGAAGUACAGCAGCAGUCCAGCUCACUUCCGCCACGAGGGCAAGCCUUUCGUGUCAACUUUUGAAGGCCCUGCACAAGCGGAGGAUUGGAUUGAUAUCAAAGCUCAAACAGGCUGCUUCUUCGUACCAGACUGGAGUUCCGAUGGAGCUAAGAGGGCAAUGGAACGUGCUGAAGGCGUCGCUGACGGACUGUUCAGCCGGGGCGCAUGGGCCUGGGGUGGCCAUGAUGUGGACACCUACACCGACGCGUCGUACAAUGUGUUCCUAGGCGGCAAGCUGUAUAUGAUGCCUGUCUCUCCUUGGUUUUAUACCAACAUGCCGGGCUUUGGUAAGAACUGGAUCUGGCGCGGAGAUCACGCCUGGUAUGACCGUUGGGUGCAGCCUGAGUGGGUGCAGAUCAUCUCAUGGAACGAUUACGGCGAGUCCCAUCACAUUGGUCCCAUUAGGGACCAUGCGCUCGUGGCCUUCAAGACAGGCAAGUCCCCUUAUAACUACGCCCUGGACCGUCCCCAUGACGCUUGGAGAACUCUCUUGCCCUUCACUAUUGAUCUCUACAAGCACAACACAGCCACCAUCACGCAAGAAGGUAUUGAGUUCUGCUACCGCAGAGUGUACCGCAAAGACUGCAAUGACGGCGGCACCACAGGCAAUACGGCAUCGCAGGUCCAGCUAGAGUACAAACCCUCUGAGUUGGUGUCUGAUGAGGUCUUCUUCUCAGUUCUGCUGACGGAAGAGGCCGAGUUGCACGUUGUCAUUGGCGGGUCUGCGUAUAGGAGCACAUGGAGGAACAAGCCAGAAAGCGGUGCCGGUAUUUACCAUGGAAGCGUGCCGUUUGACGGAAGAGAAGGCGGCGUUGAAGUCAGACUUAUCCGAGGCGGCAAGACUAUCAUGAGCGUGACAGGCCCAGGCAUCGGACGGAGCUGCGGCAGUGACGGCUAUCACAACUUCAACCCCACGACGGGUGGAAAGAUGAUGGCGGCGUCACGCAUUGUGACGUUCACCUACAGUUACGGGUACUGCCUCAAGGACGCCUGCGUCUGCACUGCCCUGGGCACGGAGUUCGAGUAUCCCAACGGAACUGGGUCCCCGGGAUACGCUAUCAAGGGCAGAGGCUCCAUUUAUGCCGGCCUUUGUUCAUCAGCCUGCCCGUAUGGGUUCUGUCCAGAGGAGGCCUGUGGCCUUACGCAACAGUCGUUGAUCGAGCCCAUGGUGUCACCUUUCCAGCCCCAGCGUGUGUAUCAGGCACCGGCCCUGGUGACCUCGCCGCGCUCUGCAGCUUCACCUGGCGAGCUCGACUGGCUGAAUCCCACCGUCGACCUCCUGGCCGGCACCAUCAGGGACGACGGCCAUGGCUUGUGCGCGUUUGCCUGUUCACGGGGCUACUGUCCAUUUGACAAGUGCGUGCAGAGAGUCAUUGGAGACCAGGGCAGUGAGGAUGGUGGUGGCCGUGAUAUUGGUAUGGUCAAUCUCAGUCAGACGUGCUUCAGUAGCGAAAAGUGCGUUGAUAUUGAGGACGACGUUGACAAGCUGGGGUAUUCUAAGGCCUGUGGUCAAAGUUACAAGCGUGUCGGCUGGGACAAGAGCAUUUGCAGCGGUAUUGGUAGUACCUGGGGUCAGCCGAUCUGCUGCAAGGCAGCGGACGCUCCGGAGAAGUGCAUCUGGAGAGGAAACGGCGGUGACUGCAACGGGCAAUGCCACGAGGGUGAGGUUACCCUAUACAAGUCUGGAGACGGUGGCUGGCCAGUUGAGUCAGGUGGCAACAACAACCAAUGUAGCCGAGGCUACAAGUACUUUUGCUGCAGUAUGGACAGUUACGACAAGUUGACUGCUCAGUGCUACUGGAGUGGUUGGUAA